AUGGCAGUCAUCAGUUAUAAAACCAUUGUAAACUUAAAGGAGCUAGGUCUAAAUCCCAGUUUCUUCCGAUUCAAUGUUCUCACAAUGGAAAGCUGCCGCCACGUUUGUUUGAAAGACAUUUCCCCAGAUGGUACUCAAUUGCUAGCAAUUGUGGAUCUAAAGGAAUGUAAUGUUACUAGGAAACAUAUGAAAGGAGAAUCUGCCAUCCUAAAUCCUACACACUUUACAAUAUGUAUCAAGGGGCAUGCUGAAGGUGUUACAGGCCAUUAUGUACAAGUUUUUAAUUUGGAAUUUAAGAUUAUGCUAGCAGAUCACAAAUUUGACGAAUUUGUAGUAUUUUGGAAGUGGUUGUCGGAAGAUGAAAUCGCAAUUGUAACAGAGUAUUCAGUUUAUCAUUGGCGGGUUAAUCCUCAGAGGGCUUCACAAGUUCCACCUGAAAAAAUUUUCGAAAGGCUUGGCAAAUUGAAGGAUGAUAAUGUACAGAUUAUCAACUAUCAAUCUGAUCCCACUAGACAAUGGUGUCUGCUAUCUUCUAUUUCCACGGAAGACCAGGGCAAAACAAUGGAUGGACAUAUGAUGCUAUAUUCAACAGUACGCAAACAGCACCAAAUACUACAAGGUCACGCUGGAGUUUUUGGUAAUAUCAAGUCCAAAACGGGAGAAAUAAUUCCUGUGCUAUCAUUUGUUGAAAAAAAAUCAGGAUCGACGCCAAAGUUACACGUUAUGGAUAUUUUUUCUCAGUCACUUAAAUUGACUUCUGAGUUUGAACAAAUUUCAGAUCCCAGUGAUUUCCCUGUGUCAAUAGUUAUCCUUGAAAAGAUAGGAAUGCUGGCAAUUGUUACUCGUAGUGGUUACUUUUUCUUACAUGAUACGAUGUACCUAGAUAGGAUUAUGAGUGUUAGAGUUAGCAUGGAUACCAUCUUUGCCAUUGUUAAAAAUGAUGGUUCAACCGAUGCUAAUGGUAAAGUUGAUGGCCAUUCAUCAGGAUGUACAAUGGUGAAUAAGAGUGGCCAUAUAAUUGAGGUAAAGGUGGAUGGGAGGGAAUUGGUUCAGUAUCUAAGGAAGCCUAGCACCGCCAGUGCCUCAGGCAGAUUAUCUAACGACCAUUUCUUCGAAAUAUCAACGGCACUAAUGCGUAUCUACGGGUUACCGGGCGAUGAAUCGGAUAUGAAGAAUAUAUUUUUUGAAUUGUUUCAAAGAGGGGAAUUUAAACGCGCAGCUAUUGUAGCUGCCUCCACUCCAUCAUUGCGCUCAAGGGACACAAUACAAAUGUUUAAACAAGCAAAAUCUGCACCAGGAGAGACGCAGCCAAUACUUCAAUAUUUUACAGUUUUACUGGAACAUGGUAGAUUGGAUGAAUUUGAGAGUUUGGAGCUGAUAAAGCCUAUAGUAUCACAAAAGAAGAUUGAUGUGAUUGAAAGACUGUUUAAUGCCAAUAAUCUCACGCCAUCUAAAAGUCUUGGUGAUAUGAUAAAAGGUAUAGACCCAAAACUAGCGAUGACAGUAUAUGUUUCUAGCAAAUCAUAUGAAUCAGCCAUAAACACUUUGAUUGAGAUUGGGGACUUACGUACACUGAUAUCGAUGGUACAGUAUGAAGAGUGUGGCUUUCAUAAUGGUGAGCUUACUUUCAAGGGCGGAAUGCCGUUGAGCGAUAUUUUAUCAGCAAUAUCUGCUAGUUGCCCUGAUAAACUUGUAGAAUUUUUACAAAUGUUGCAUUCUAAAGGGUGUUUUAACGGUAAAAAUAUUACUGAAGCCCCAUUUACUUUACUAGUUAAUUGUGGUAGAUUGCAAGAAGUAACAACAUUUCUAUUGGAUUUACUGAAGGAUAAUGAUCCAAUACAUGGUCAUUUGCAAACAUUUUUACUAGUUGAAAAUUUGAAACGUGCCCCCAAGAUCGCCGAACACAUAUUCAACUUAUCAAUAUUCACGCACUUUGAUAAAUCAGUAAUAGGUCCUUUGGCUGAAAGCGUAGGUAUGCCAUCAAUAGCACUACAAUGUUACAAUUCAAUUGAGAAGGUGGAGUCUUUACUUCUAAACAAUCCUGGGUUGUUGAAACCACAAGUACUUAGGGAGAUGAUAUCAAGCAUGUCAAUAGAUGAUUCAAUAUUACUAGUAGAAUUCGUGCUUAAGAACAAAAUAUUACCUUCUUCUGAUGUGAUAAAUUCUAUUGAAAGGCCCACAAUUGGAAUAUCUGAAUUGUAUAGACUGUGUAUGUCAAUUGAGGAUUAUGGAUCUCAGGAGAAUUUGUAUGUGUUGCUAAAGAAAUAUAUUCAAUUGCCCGGUUCAAAAUUCACCCAAAACCCGCCAAUAGAAGUGCUUCGCGAAUCAGAACUGCACUUUAAAUUGAUUGCCUCUGCUACAAGUGUGGGUGAUUUGACACAGGUUGAAUUGGUAUGUAAGACCAGCAAUUCAAUCAACCCAGAUAAGGUCAAAACAUUUUUUAAGGGAAAGGAAGAGUUUAAGAGGGAUCCUAGGGCAUUCAUUUACAUGGCAGAUCGCUUUUCAUACUAUGGCGAAUUGGCCAGUUUACUGGUAGACUGUGAUCCAAGGUUUAUGCAAGUAUAUCUUUCAAGAAUGAAUCGAGACGCAGCGCCUAAAAUUGUUAAAUCCUUGCUAACAGAUAGCACAAUAACACUCGAUGAGGAUAGAUUGUUAGAAUUACUUAAGACGCUAAAUGAUGAUCAAAUUGAGGCUGUUUGUACUGAAUUAUCACAAAGUGAACUAGUGCCGGAGGUGAUGUACAAAAUUUUAACAUCAAAGCUAGAGGGACUAAAGGCCACUAGCCCGCGGUAUAUAAACACCUUUACUUUACUGGCUAAAAUUUCUAUCAAAAAAGGGACAGCUGAACAUUAUCUCAGUACAUAUACAAACUACGAUCGAGAGGAGGUUGCUUGUUAUUGCCGACACUCACACCCCGAGCUGGCAUUUAUAGCCUACAAGGGGGACGCAUCUAAGCAAUCACAUUUAGUGGAAUUGGCCUAUGAAAAAGAGCUAUAUGAAACACUUUCUAAGCACGUUUUAGAGGCACAGGAUUUACAAUUAUGGUCACUAGUGCUUAGCCAUGAAGACUCUGACAGUUUCAUUUCAGAGUUGACAUCUAACGUACUGCCUGAGUGUAAAAAUUCACAACAAGUGUCAAUUGCAAUUAAAGCCUUGAUGGAUGCCAAGAUGAAUUAUCAUUUGAUAACCCUUUUGGACAGACUGAUACUGUCAAAAUCGAACUUUUCUGAUAACAGAAACUUACAGAAUCUUUUGCUAGUAACUGCACUCAGGGAGAAAUCAGAUAAAUUGGAAACCUAUAUCGAUGUUUGUACUAAUUGCGAUGUUAAUCAGGUGGCUAAAUUGGCUUUGGAAUUGGAUGAAGUAGAUCAUGCCCUAAAUCUUUAUAUAAGGUCUGGCAAUAUGGCAGAAGCGGUAAGGGUGUUAUUGGACAAGGGAGAUCUCGAUGGAGCGGCAAAAUUGGCAGAUCAGGUGGACGAUAGAUUGAUAUAUGGCUGUGUUGCACAGUCAUUUUUACCUAUCGACCUCACGUUGGCUGUUGAUUACUUUUCAAAGUCUGGCGACCCUUCGUAUUAUUCGGCAAUCGUGGAUGCUUGCAAGGAAAAGAAUGACUAUGUCAAUUUGAUUAGGUAUUUGACCCAGGGCGAAAAUGAUGGAGGAAAGCUUAGGUCAUAUUUGUCUCUUUCCAGAGAUACGGACUUGGCCUACGCUUAUGCUUUUUCCGGAGAUAUUGACUCGCUAAAAUCCUUCAUUCAAGGUAAAAACAACGCAAACCUCAACUCCGUUGGCGAUGCCAUAUUUCCCCAUAAUCCAUCUACGGCAAAGAUACUAUACACUGCUGCGAUGAAUCAUCACAAUUUGGCGCUCUGCCAUGUAAAAUUGGGCGAAUACAAGGAAGCGGUGGAUGCCUGUAUAUUGUCUACAUUGCCACACAUUAAACUGGAAGUCGCUGUGGCCUGCCUUGAAAAUAAUUGCAUAGAUGACGCAUCAAGACUCAUUAAGGAGUUAGUUGAACACCCAGAUUUAUUGGGGAAAUUGGCGGACAAAUAUGAAGAAUUGGGGUUUUACAAGCAGUUGAUGCACAAAUUGGCUGAAUACGUUGGUUAUACUGAAGAGGAGGCAACUGACAUCAAUGCAAACCUACCAGCCACUGCCACCCCUGAGAAGGAUAACAUCGCUACCCUUUUAUCAAUUUAUCUCGUGAAAUAUACCCCAGAAAUAGUUUUUGACUUUAUAGAAAAGUACAAAAAUAAAUUAUACGGAGAUAAACUUGUGGCAAUUUGCGAAAAGUAUCAUAUGUACAAGGAAGCGGCGUAUAUAUACAUUCACAUACUGUACAACUAUGACAAAUCAGCUAGGAUCAUGAUUGAUCACUUUGGCCUAGCAUGGGAUCAUAAAUUAAUCCUCGCCUGUGCUCCUGAAUUAUCUCCAGUAAUGUUACAAGAUGUGGUAACUUUUUAUCUAGAAAAUUUCCCCAAUUUAGUAAUGGAUUUGUUGCAACUUGUAGAAGAUAAAUUGGAUCAGACGCGACUGGUAAUACAGGCUAAGAAACACAACUUGAUUUGGCUAAUCAAAGAUCAUUUGGAAAAGAUACAGCGGCUGAAUAUAUCAAGCGUAAACAAUGCACUCAAUGAUUUGUACAUUGACAAUUGCGAUUACCAAAGUUUGGAAAGGUCUAUCAGUUUAUUUGAUUCAUUCGACCAAAAUUCUGUGCUAGUGAGAAUUAAGACCCAUCAAAUGGUGGAAAUGAAACGUGUGGCAGCCACAAUCUACUACAUAAACAAGAGCUAUAAGCAGUGUUUGCAAGUAUCCCUAGAAACAGGAAAUUACAAACAAGCACUUUUUGCUGCUGCUCAGACAGAUUCUGCCAUUGUGCAUCAUUUGCUUGGGUACUUUGUUACCAAGUCUUUACAUGCAGAGUUUAUUGCCUGUUAUUGUAUCUGCUACAACCUCAUUGACCCAACCCUGGUGCUAGAACUCAUAUUUAACAAGCAGACAAGUGACAGUUUUGACCUGUACAGCUUUGUUAUGCCAUUUUUUAUACAAACAAUGGCGACCUUCAAUGAAAGGCUGCUGAAGUUAGAACGAAAAUUAUAA